GCCAAAAGCAACCAAGUGAUGCAUUUCACAUUCAGGGAUGAUAAGCACUGGAAAUUACAACAGAUCCAGGAUGCUAGGAACCAUGUGAAUCAGGCUCUGCAGCUGCUGAGUGGUAGAGAUGAGAGCUACCACUUUAAGACUGGGGCCGAGGUCAACAAGCUGAUGGACGCGGUGAUGCUCCAGCUGACCAGGGCUCGUAACCGCCUCACCACUCCGGCAGCCAUGACCCUGCCGGAGCUGGCCACCAGCGGCCUCAUGAAAAUGUUCACUCCUCCAAUGCCAGGCGAUGUGAUGGUGAACUUCUAUAUCAACCUGAGUAAGCUGUGUCUGACUGUCUACCAGCUGCACGCAAUGCAGCCCAACACCACCAAGAACUUCAAGCCAUCUGGGAGCUCCGUGUUACACAACCCCGGAGCCAUGUUCGAGCUGAACAAUGCUAAGUUUGAGGUGAGCCAGGUUCACAAGGUGGAGUGUGUUGUCCCCUGGCUCAACAACACCCUGAUCUUCUUCACCAUCUCACUGCAGCUCUGUCAGCAGCUCAAGGACAAGAUUUCCGUCUUCUCUAGUUUCUGGAACUACCGACCGUUCUAACCUCCUGCAGCUAGCUGACCGUCAGAAUGCCUAGGUGUUAGCUGACCGUCAGAAUGCCUAGGUGUUCUAACCUCCUGCAGCUAGCUGACCGUCAGAAUGCCUAGGGGUUCUAACUUCCUGCAGCUAGCUGACCGUCAAAAUGCCUAGGGGUUCUAACCUCCUGCCGCUAGCUGACCGUCUGAAUACCUAGGUGUUCUGUCCAAAUCCUUCACACAAACCAACCCAGAUAAAAGGGAUGUCUUGAAAAAUAUUGUCUGAAUUGAAGUGGGUUUUGUUUGUGUAAUUUACAGGAGAACAGCCGGAUCAAAACCCAUAUACAUUACCAGUGUUUAGUAUUCCAGGGUUUGGGGCCCAUCCAUGUGUUACAGCUGCUUUAAUCCAGUCCCAAAUCAAACCCUAACCCCUAGACUACACUCCCUACUUGUGAAGAAAGUAUAGGGCUAAGCAAUAUGGUGGAGCUACUACCAUAUUGCUAUAUCUAUCCAAUACAUUCAGUGUUUCCCAUAGAUGGGAGUCGUUAGCGCAAUGACUGACUGGAAGUCUAUGGGAAUGAAUAUAGGGGAAACACUGCAUGACUAGAAGUCUAUGGGAAUGAAUAUAGGGGAAACACUGCAUGACUAGAAGUCUAUGGGAAUGAAUAUAGGGGAAACACUGCAUGACUAGAAGUCUAUGGGAAUGAAUAUAGGGGAAACACUGCAUGACUAGAAGUCUAUGGGAAUGAAUAUAGGGGAAACACUGCAUGACUAGAAGUCUAUGGGAAUGAAUAUAGGGGAAACACUGCAUGACUAGAAGUCUAUGGGAAUGAAUAUAGGGGAAACACUGCAUGACUAGAAGUCUAUGGGAAUGAAUAUAGGGGAAACACUGCAUGACUAGAAGUCUAUGGGAAUGAAUAUAGGGGAAACACUGCAUGACUAGAAGUCUAUGGGAAUGAAUAUAGGGGAAACACUGCAUGACUAGAAGUCUAUGGGAAUGAAUAUAGGGGAAACACUGCAUGACUAGAAGUCUAUGGGAAUGAAUAUAGGGGAAACACUGCAUGACUAGAAGUCUAUGGGAAUGAAUAUAGGGGAAACACUGCAUUCUGAUCUAGACAAGUCGGGACUAGGGGUUGAUUUAGGAUUGGGUGCACUUGUCUCUCUGUGUGUCAUCCGUUGUAUAGUACUAACUAACUUGGACCUCCCUGUUGUAUAGUACUAACUAACUAGGACCUCCCUGUUGUAUAGUACUAACUAGGACCUCCCUGUUGUAUAGUACUAACUAGGUUGAACCUCCCUGUUGUAUAGUACUAACUAGGUUGGACCUCCUUGUUGUAUAGUACUAACUAGGUUGGACCUCCCUGUUGUAUAGUACUAACUAGGUUGGACCUCCCUGUUGUAUAGUACUAACUAGGUUGAACCUCCCUGUUGUAUAGUACUAACUAACUAGGACCUCCCUGUUGUAUAGUACUAACUAACUAGGACCUCCCUGUUGUAUAGUACUAACUAACUAGGACCUCCCUGUUGUAUAGUACUAACUAGGUUGGACCUCCCUGUUGUAUAGUACUAACUAGGUUGGACCUCCCUGUUGUAUAGUACUAACUAGGUUGAACCUCCCUGUUGUAUAGUACUAACUAGGUUGAACCUCCCUGUUGUGUAGUACUAACUAGGUUGAACCUCCCUGUUGUAUAGUACUAACUAGGUUGAACCUCCCUGUUGUAUAGUACUAACUAGGACCUCCCUGUUGUAUAGUACUAACUUGGACCUCCCUGUUGUAUAGUACUAACUUGGACCUCCCUGUUGUAUAGUACUAACUAGGACCUCCCUGUUGUAUAGUACUAACUAACUUUGACCUCCCUGUUGUAUAGUACUAACUAGGUUGAACCUCCCUGUUGUAUAGUACUAACUAGGUUGAACCUCCCUGUUGUAUAGUACUAACUAGGACCUCCCUGUUGUAUAGUACUAACUUGGACCUCCCUGUUGUAUAGUACUAACUAGGACCUCCCUGUUGUAUAGUACUAACUAGGACCUCCCUGUUGUAUAGUACU